AUGUAUGGCAAGCCUGUCCGCCGCAUCGGCGACGGCUAUGUUGAUAACGUUACACCAGAAACCGUGAAGGAGGACAUACUCCUCCUGCUCGAUGACAUCCAUGGCUUCUACAAGGCGGCGCUCGAUCGGUUGCCUGUAAAGAGGAUGCCCGCGCUGGCUCCCUGCCUUCUCAAGGCCGGCGUGGGCUUCGGCUUCCUCGACCCAGUCUCCAAUAUCCUCAACACCAUCGCCUACUUGCAGCGGUUGCCCAGCACCGAGAGUCAACAAGGGGCUACUAGAAAUAGAAAGUCGAUCUUCUCCAAGAUCUCCACUGACACUCGGGAUCGCAGAAUUUUCCGGAUACUGCUGCCCAGACACAUGGCGAACGCCAUGACCAUCGCGCGGCUGUCGCUGGAAGGUCUGGUCAGCUUCCUCCUGUUCCACUUCCGCUACCUCGCGGAGACGGAAGCCCUGCGCUACCUGCGCCUGGCCAGGGCCGACCUUCUCGCCGCCGUGCAUCUCAUCGACCAAGAUCGUAACAAGUCGUGCUCAGCGUCUAGCAUUGCCAAGAUUCACAACAAGCCCGUGUUCGACAUUACAUCUCCAACCUCCAAGAUUGCCCUGGAGUGUGCCGCUACCUCUGCAAGGCACCCUGAACCGGCCAUCCUGGUGAACGCGUCGCUAUCGGCGGUAUCUCGGCUGAGCAAGGUCUCUAACCUUUUGCAGGUGCAUCGCCUGCCCCCUCGAACUAUAAGGCGCCUGGAGCUGUUGCUCAGGCGAGAGCCUAAAGUCAUGGAUCAAAUGGCCAUAAGGCGUCCGCUGAAUCUUGCUGGGUCACGUCUCCGUGAUGGAAAGGAGGUGAAGAGGGAUCUUGCUGGAUCUAUGGUGAGCGUUGCACAUGGGAAGGUAGAGAUCGAUGUGACUGUGACAUUUAGAUACACAGAGUCUCUUAAGCUGUUGCUUCUCGACAAGAUCCACAUGCUCUAUCUAGAGGCACUUUCUAAGCUGCCUAGGGAUAGCUUGCGCAAACAGCACCAUUGCAACCUUCUCAGGGCUGGUUAUUGCUAUGGUCUCAUGGAACCUGUCUCCAACAUUUUAUGGCCUCAAACCAUUUCGCGGAAUCUGGGGGCAUGGAAGCAGCUGUUAAUUCAUGGCACCCUCACCCUAAAGCACUGGAGAAAUUCAUCCUGUCAGCCCUGA